AAGGGCCCCUCCUCCCCAGUUGAGGAACGGGAAUCCCCACCUCUCCCUCGCCGUCACUCAGCAGCAAGAGAGCGCUGCUUAUUGGAUACUGCAGGGAAUGUGGGUGGAGCAAGACCCCUGACAGAGGAGGGACCUUUUCCCCCUGGGCGGAGGUUGCAGCAGGGACGAGGUUGGGUGGGACGCUGAAAUGGCGACGGCUCUGCUAAUCUCCUGCGGCCGUACUGCCGUGCUCAAGGUAACCGAGGGUGAAGAUCCGAGAGGCGCUUUCGGGCUGGCCGCUCCGUCGCCACAGUGCCGUUUAUAAUGUUUGUGCACACAGACCUUGUGUGCGUCAGGAUUCGACCUGACGUUUCCGGGUUGUGCAGCUUGAGUCAGUGCAUUAUUCCUUGGCAGUAAGUUUUGCUGAUUUCAGUGGGACUUAGAAGAUGGCAGUAGGGCAGGCUUCCUCAGCCUCGGCCCUCCAGAUGUUUUUGGCCUACAACUCCCAUGAUCCCUAGCAAGCAGGACCAGUGGUCAGGGAUGGUGGGAAUUGUAGUCUCAAAAACAUCUGGAGGGAUGAGGUUGAGGAUGCCUGCAGUAGGGUUUUAACUGUAACUUCAAAGCCUGCAGAGCAAUGGGCAAACUCUUAGCUGCGUCUUUGAUUUUGGCUUCUCAUGCUAUCAUUUAUUUUUAUUGAUAUUGAAUGGAGGAGGCUGUCACUCAGAGGUAACGUCCAACAUUUGCAUCCAAAAGAUCUCAAAUUCAGUCUGGCAUGUGUAGGUAAAGGAGCUCUGGUAGCAAAGCCAGGAAAUAACUUUUCCGGAGGCCUUGGAGAACAGGAGAACCACUGUAAGUCAGACUAGACUAGAGCGUGCAUGGCAGAUUACAUUUUCAUUAAUUUAUGUUUUAUGUGGGGCUGCCUUUGAAAAUGUUCAGACCCCCAACUAUGAAUUCAACACUGUGACACACACACACACACACACCCGCCUCAUGGAAUUCCUUCCAUCAGCUUAGGCUAGUGGCCUACUUGCAAACCUAUCCAGUAGGGAUAACUUGGCUACAGUAAUCUAUGCUCUGGUAACCUCAAGUCUGGAUUGCUGCAAUAUGUUUUAUGUGGGGCUGCCUUUGAAAAUGUUCAGAGCUUGAGUUAGUUCAGAAUGUGCCUGGCCGACUGGUGAUGGAUUUGAGGCAACAUAAGACAUGCCUGCUGGAUCAAGCCAGUGGCCAGUGGCGCAGCUAUAGUCCAGCAUCCUGAGGGAAGCCUGCAAGUUGGACAUGAACCCCACAGCAUUCUGCCCAUCUGUGAUUCUCAGCAACUUUAUUCAAAGGCAUAAUGCAUCUGACAGUAGAGAGAGAACAUAGCCAUGAAUUUGUCUAUAAGAACAGAUAAUAUAACACCUAGUCUGUUCCAACUUCGCUAGCUGCCUGCAUGCUUCCAAGCCCAAUUCAAAGUGAUGGUUUUGACAUACAAAGCUCUUUCCUGCUCAGGACUCCAGUAUCUUCUGGAAUGCCUCUCCCUAUACGAGAGACCCAUAGAUCUUUGUUUGAGGCUCUUCUCCCUUCUGAGGGAGGCUAAUGACAACGGAGAGGGCCUUUUCAGUUUUGGCUUUGUAUCUGUGGAAUUUGCUCCCCACCAAAGCCUUCGUUGACAUCUUUUUGGCACCAGGCAAAGGCUUAGCUUUUGUCCCAGGCUUUUGACAGACUAAGACAAUAUUGCUUGUUAUUAGUAUGCUGCCAAAACUUCCUGUGGCUAGUAUGGGGUUGUUGGUUGCUCUGUUUUAUGGUAUAAAUAAAUUUGAGAUUUUAGCAGAAUUGUAAGUCACUUGGAGACCUUCGAGUAACAAGCAGUCAACAAACCAAAUAAUAGAAGUAGUAGUGCGAGUACUGACAUGGUUAGCUUGUGUUCAUAUUCCUGUUUAACAGGUGCUAUAAACUAUAGGUUGUUGUGGUGCAGGCUUUAAAUCUUCUAGUUGUAUAAGGCUAUAAAUUCUGCAGUGAGUAUUUCUUUAGGUAUGUUUAGUGCCACUUGCCACUUUUAGACUACCAGUAAUUUCUUCACUGGUAAAAUAAUAAAGUUCCUUACAGCCCAGGUAAAAGGCAUGGUGGUUUUAUUAGAUGUUAACCUACAUUAAUGUAAUAUUCUACAAUGAUGCAGAAGGUGUAUGUUGUUGUUGUCUUCAUUCUCUCCCACCCGCACCCCAAAUUGUACAUUACAUUCACUUGUCAGUCAGUUCUGUAUUUGGAGCAGGAGAAAGAAGCACACUUCAGUGUGCUAGCACCAAGUUUUAACAUUCCUCUUAAUUGCAAGGCAUCCGUAACCAUUUCCAGAUAUAAAAAUAAAAAAGCAUUUAUAUGCACUGUACCUGUUUCAUCUGCACAGAGCUGUGUCAAAACCCUUACUUGAAAGUAAAAUCCAUUUACUUGUACCAAACGUAUGCCCCUUUAAGUGAGGCUGGAAAAAACUAGGUAUAGUUGUACAGGUGCAUAAGCAUUUGAUAUAUAUGCUUAGGACCUGAAGUAAGAAUAUUUGUUUGAGAGUAAGGGUGUCUUUUUAUAUUUCUAAAAGUUUGUGCAUGUUCUAUGUGAAUACUUGUUGGUACAAAUGGGUAUACAUGUAGCAACGUAGGCUUUUGUUAGUUAAGACAACAUUUCAGAUCUCAUAGUUUUCUUAAUUUGCACAGUUUAUGCUCUGGAAGGAAUUGCAGGGAGUGAGUGGUCUGUUUUAUCACAACUGCUGUACAUAUAUGCCUGAUUUUUAGUCAUAUUUGUCUACAUUGUGCUUUAUACUUUUUGUAGCCUGAGUAAUUAUAAAUGACAUUAUUAAAUCAAGUGUCUUUCUAAUUAUUACAGAUUUUCUACUUAUUUCUAAUUCUUUUACAGACUUUUAAGUUGCAAGCAUGGGGGCUUCGAAGUGUACCUCCUGCUGUUUCUCUCUGCACCAAACCAGGGGGUGAUAAGAAAGUCUCCAAAAGAAGUAAGGUACCUUUUCUUAUUUGUUAAUUAUGCAAGUUAUAAGAUGGUUUGCAUAACAUUUUGUAACAAUAUUGAUCAAAAGUUUGUUAGUUUUAAUGGUCUGCAGAAUGUUAAGAUUCAGAUUUUUAAAAUUACAUCUAGUGGUUAUUACCAUAUUCUAGGUAUUCUGUAGAGGACUUGUAAAGCAACUUUUAAAGAUUGUAUGCCACAGGUUGUUCACCUAAAAUAUCAAGGUUUAUUUAUAAAAUAAUUGGAUUAUUCUAACAUCUUUUAAGAGAUUAAAACAUUCAAAGCAGCAAUACUUGCAGCUGUCAACCUAUUAAACUCCAUUUAACAAUUUCAGUGUAAUAGACAGAAGGCAGAUAUUUUAGGAAAACGCUCUCUAUAACUAGCCUUUAGAACAGGAAUACUACAAGUCCCAUCAUCCCUUAUCAUUGACCAUGCUAGCUGAGACUGAUGGGAGUUGGGAGUCCAACAGCUCCAGGAGGGCCAGAUUCAUCUCUGUUGUAGAGUUUAAUGAUUUCUAACAAAUGGAUGACAGGAAAGCAGAGCACAAGGAAAUUAGGCAACCCAAUGAAGUUCACAUUUCUCACUACAUCAAUAAUGCCAUUCCCAGCAGCUCAUUGGGUUUUUCUUUAUUUUUCUUUAUUUGCAGUAAAUUUAUAUCACAUGCCUUGCCUGUAUCUAAAAUCAUUUCAGGGGAAUAUUUAACAGCAUUACCAGCUCCAAUAAAUGUAAGGUUAUGGUCAAAAUGUUGGGAGUCCUUCAGCAGUGUUUUUCUUAGGGAAGACAGAGACAAUGUAUGGGAAUAAUGAUACAUGGUUGUUUGUGAAAUACAUGAGUGGGCUUGUUUUAUUAAACACGGUAAGAUGUGAAACCUUUUCAUGCAGCAUCCAAUCUCCAUUAAAAUAGGUUUCAGAAUAUAUACAUAUAAAACUUACACAUUUGGUUGGAAAAUCCCUACUAUUGGGUUCCUUGAUUGAUUGAUAGCAGUUGCUGAUAGAAUUCUCCAUGCAUAGUGAACUCAACAGUAGCAAAAUCACUUUCUAUUCUGCAAUUUGAGAAGGGUAUUGGUACCACUCCUGUAGUCUCAUCUGCCAUUCUUAAAUGUUACUUUAGGGAAAUUCAAUUUGAUUCUCUUUGACACAGUAUAUUUAAGCUUUUUAAUAUAUUUUCCUUGUUGUAUGUUACUGUCCACUGAAUUUAGACUGCUUCCAUACAAACGGCAGGGUCCACACACUAUCCAGGCUUAUUUGUGUAAUCUUUGGGGGGUUUUUAGUAGCUGUGCUUGGCUAAACUUUCUGUUCUCCCAGACUCUGUUAUAACUAUUAACUUGUAAUUACUAGGGUAUCUUAACAUACAAAAGAGUAUUUAGAGUUCGGAAAGUGCAACAAACCAUUGACAUGUAUCUUUCUUCUUUUAACACUCUUAAAAAUUUACUCUUGUCCUGUUAAAUGUACAUGUCUUUGGGCUGUAAACUCCCUGUCUUGCCUCCUUGAAAGGAAUUAUUAUACCUUUUAUUAUUCCUGGUUUCUCAAAUUUGUUAGAGUGACCUGUGAAAACUGAAACAGGAAAUAAACACAUCAUGGUUUUUCCCUGGGGCUCCUCAUGCUGUGGUGGAGUAGUCUGCAUAUUCUAGAGAUUGAUGAGUGUGCAGUAUACCUGUUCUUUUGCACUGAUGAAGGAAAGCAAUUUCUUGUGAGUGUCAUUCAUGGAAAAUAAAAAUGGAUUACGCAGAUGUUGCUUUUCUGAUGCUAAUGGAAUUGAAAAUGCUAGUUUGAUAUCUAGUAUUUUCCUCUGACAGGAGUGUAAGCACCUUUGUUAUUCAUACCAUCCUUGUGCUUUGCAUCCUUAAAAGCUCUGUAAAAACCGUUUUACAGUAUAUCAGUCUGGUUAUCAAUGACAAUGAUCAUUCUUCAGUUGGAGCAAAUUCAGUAGCAUUUGAGGAGAAUGUGUGGGUGCAAGAAUUAAGUGUGGAGAACUGUGGUGCUCUCAAUGUUGCUACUUAGAAAGUAGCUGCAAUGUGGCCAUUGACUUUUAAGUUACAAGUUCUGUUCAGUCCCUAAUUAAUUUUCUCAAUGCUAACUUCACUUAUCAAUAAUCUGAAAAUGAAUAAUUCUGCUACCAUGCUUUAAAUACUGUCCUCUUCUUCCCAGUCUUUAAUGAUGGUCAGUUCUCAUUUUCAUGUUGAUGAUUUCAUUCUUUCUUAGCUGUCUGAACUUCAUAGCAUGUAUACUACUCUGGCUUAGUUUUAUGCUGUCUUGCUUAUUUAAUGUCUUUUGGCACUCUCUGCUAAGGUUUCUGUUAAGUGCUCUUGGUGCAAGAACAACUUAGAAUAGGAUUAAUUUUACUGUUCCUAAGAUCCAAACAUACUGAUUCCCUGCAUUACGAUCACAUACUUAAUUGAUUCACAUACCGUAUUUUUCGCCCCAUAGGACGCACCGGCCCAUAGGACGCACCUAGUUUUUUGGGGGGGAAAUAAAGGGGGGGAAAUUAUUUCUCCCCCCACCAGGCGCUUGUGGGGCCGACAGCGGGGAGAAGAGCUCUUCUCCCCGCUGCCAGCUUUCAAACCAGGUCCGCGGACAGCGGGAAGGCGCGCUGCGCCUCCCCGCUGUCCCCCGAGCUUGCGGGGCUGGCAGCCGGGAGAAGCACGCGUCUCCCCGCCGUCAGCCUCCAAACCACAUCGGGAGACAGCGGGAUGGCGGCGUUCCGCCUCCCCGCUGUCCCCUGAGCUUGUGGGGCUGGCGCUGCGGCUCUCCUGAAGCCUGGAGAGCGAGAGGUGUCGGUGCGCACCGACCCCCUCGCUCUCCAGGCUUCAGCGAAAGCCUGCAUUCGCCCCAUAGGAUGGACACACAUUUCCCCUUCAUUUUUGGAGGGGAAAAAGUGUGUCCUAUAGGGCGAAAAAUACGGUACUUGAUUCCAAAAUACAGCCUUCUGUGAUUAAUUGGUGCUUAGACAAUUGGUAACAAAUCAAGGAAAUGCACCCAGCACAUUACAGAGGAGUCAAAAGAAAAUGUGGUCCUCUCCUUUUCUUCAAGGAAUCUUGGGUGCACUUCCUAGAUCAUGAAGUCUGCAAAACAUAUGGGGGGAGUCUUGACCAGUAAAUCUUCCUUCUGUCUCUUAAGAUCUUGCAUAAGUACUACAUCUUUUUCAUUGAUGAAUAUUUCUAAUAAUGAACAAGAGGUCAUAUAAUCAAUGUAUGCAAUUCACUGCCACAAGAAAUACUGAUGGUGGCUUUUAACAAGAAUAGAUUAAUUGCUGUAGGAUAGGUUUAUAAAUGGUGGUUACACUUGUUGUGUAUAGAGGAAGAAUGCUUCUGAAUGUUAAGUACAAGGGAAGGUCCUACUCCAGGAAGCACCACUGAAAGGCAAAAUAUGCAUUCUGCAUGAUAAACAAAUACUGGAAAAGGCAAAUGUUUUCUUUUCCAUGGAAAACCAUAAAAUAGGAGGAUCGCACUCCCAACAGAUUAUAUUGCUGCUGUUGAAAGUUUGUUUGAAUAAAUUUCUCACAAAAUGUGUUGAAUGUAGUUGAGGUACUUAGAUACUGCAGUGCUAAAUAUACUCUUCACACUGCUAAGUGUGCUCUUCACAAUGCACUCGAGGAGAUAAGAGAGUGUUUUCAUCCACAUUUCACAGAUUGGAACAGAGCGUUUCUGAUGAAAUGAUGUUCACAGGCAGCGUGGCACAAAGAGGAGGAAAUAACCUUCAUGUUCCUGUGAGAGAAUUCUGCAAGCAAAGGACACUUUUUGACAUUUUUGUAUGAAAUGCAGCGUGUAAGGGAAACUGAGCUUCCAGACUGCUGUUUAUACCAGAUAACUUCACAACUAUUAAGUACAAUUCCAUAUUAAUGGGUGUGUUUGAAGCGGUCUAUUCCAAAAUGAUAUUGUUCUUUGCCAUUUUGUAGAUGUAAUUGGCACCAAAGGAGUGUGUGAAAACAACAGUUGAAUGUCGUUUAAAAGCUGUCUCCUCUUUUCCACAAUUUACAGAUAAAGGUGAGAUAAUUAACACUAAACCUGAUGCUGCUGUAAAAUUAAAAGAUGAAGAUCUGAGGAAAUACUUGGCUAAGAAAACUGUGGUAAAAUUUCCUCAGAGAGCAAAGCUUCCUUCUCUUGAGGGACACUCUGUUGUUUCCUCAACAGCAGGCUUGGGGAAGAAGAAGGGAGAUGAAGAGACAUCCUCUUCCUCAAGCUCUGAGUCAGAUUCUAGCUCAGAUUCUGAUGAGGAAGAUUCCGCCUCCAAAGAUACCAUAAAAACCAAAGUAUCAUUUCCAAGUCGAGAUCCCCCCUCUUCUGGUGAUAGAACGAAGAAAGCAAAGAUAACAAGCGAAAAACACUUUCCCCAAGAGCAGGUCAAAGGCAAAGCAGCUAAGAAGCUCCCGUAUAGUCCUGGAUUCACAGAAAGCCCUGUGAAACAAAAGGAGGUGCAUCAGACAACAGCCGGUGACAAAUUGUUAUGGUCAGAUUUGUCAAAGUCUGCCACAAACCGAAGACACGAAGAAGCUCGUUUAAAGAGCACCGACUUUGGAACAAAAGUUGCAGAGAGUCAGAGGCCAACAGACGUAGCUAAGCAGCUGGAGGCAUCUCCCCCUGAAGCAUCUCCCCUUGGAGCAACUUCAAGUAUAUUGUCUAGACCUCAGUCAGUCCCUCAACAAAAUGCAGCUCAAAAUCUGACUUUGCCAAGACAGGGGGGAAGUGUGGCAGUGGAGGCACAAAAGACUGACAUGCAAGGAAGAACUGCUGCUGUGCCACAAGGAGAGGUUUUGGGUGGCAGAGUGCCAGCGGCAGAAAUCACAGUGAAGGAGGAGAUUGCCCUGGAAGCAGGAGUUCAGACUGAACAACAAAGCACUAUACAGGGUAUCACUUUAUCUUGUUUGUUCUACACUGAUGUGCUGUGGGGGCUGAGGGCUGUUUAUGAGCAAAUACCUUGUACUCUUGAGUACUGACAUUACUGAAAACAUUCUGGAAUCUCUUCUGCUCUUUUCUAGAGCUUAAUGCAGUUGUUUUUGCAGGCUUUUCUGCUUUGCUGAUGAGUUCUUUGUCUAGUUCUUUGCGCUUCCAGUCUUCUUUUCUUUGAUUCUCCUGCUUGGCUUUUAGACUGUUGGUGGGAGAAAGCAGUACGUGUUUUCACAGCAUUCUUCUGUACCAGUGAUUAUAACCAUCUGAAAUACUGAAAGGUGACAAAAGGAAGGGAGGUCCUUCAAAGCCAAAUUGAGCAGAGUUCAAAUAGGCUGCCUUAUCAAAAUCGGAAUUUUGCUCCACUUUUGCUAGAAGCACAAUGAGGCCAUUGAGCAAUCUAUUUUGCAGUCUCCUUCUCUUCCUGCACAGCACUUGCCCUCAGGCUUAACAGCUGAUUUUCUGCUGGGACUGUCUGUUCCUCCAGUACUCUCGACUCUUGUCUUUCUCCUCCUUUCACAGUUCUCUUGUAGAUGCAUAAGCCGACUCUGCUGUGCUGAUGCGAUCACAAGGAACAAAGUUAGCUAUGGCAUCAGAGGAAUGAUGGGGACGCUCUGCCUUCAGGCUAGCAAAGAUAUCGCUUCGGAAUCCAGCAUUAGCAACAAGGGACAUUCACAGCACAUGCCUUUCUCAUAUGUUCUCCCCUAGUAAUAUAUCUCUGAUAUUGGAACUCCCAUACACAUUUGGUCUUGUAAUGUUUGUAGACUAUGAGGGAGUCCUUUGGUCUCAAAACACACCAAAACCUCACAAGAAAUCAAUUCUUGUCUCUCUCUCCCCUCACCCAUCCCAAUAUGUCAAAGACUGGAUAAGUUCAUCCAUUCAAACCAUGUUCUCCAUUAUGUCCUUCCUCUGUCUUGUAUUCUGUAGUACACUCAUCUUAUUCUUUAAAAAUCUUUUUUUUUUUACUAAAACAUUUUCUCCCCAAUAAUUUGUCACUCUACAAGGCAGAGAAAAUAAUACUCAAGCCAGUUGAAAGGUGACUUCUACAUGGCAUGAAAAGUAAGGAAGCCUACUGGAAGAAACUAUUUAAUUGAGUGCUAAUUUUACACACGCCAUUAUUGUGAAGCUUCCCAAAUGUUUGGGCUUCUGUGUAUCCAGCAGAGGGCAGUGGUGACUAGAAGAAGCAUUGUUGAGACUAUACACUGAGAAUGCUUUGAGCCUUUUAUUUCUACUUGGUUGUAGCCCAGGAAAAAUUGAGAUAACUGCAGUUAAGCGUGGAGGAAGGGGAGGUUGGUGAAACAUGAAACCUUAAAGCAGACCAUAUUUAAUUGUCAAGUUGUAAUUCAGUGGAAGUUAGUGGAACCACUUGAUGCUGAUGUCAGUCUAACUAAAAGCCAAAUAUGUGUGGGUUUCUAUACAGGGCAUAAACAUUUUAAAGUCCUAUUGAUUUCAGAGGAAGAGGCUGCAACAUAUGAUGAGUUUUCCCAUUGUUAAUCAAGUGCUUGGCUAUGCACAAAAUCUUUUGCCUCUCUAACACUAGGUGCAAGCUUUUCUGCUGUUUCCAUUUUCUAUGUCCUUCACCUACCAACCAAGGCAUAAUACAGAGCAUAGAGGGGACUCUGUAUAUCUUAAAAUAAAAAAGAAAAAUAAUGAUCUAAAAAUAUACAUUGCUCAUUGUUAAAGGCAGGUGAAUGAGAAUGCAAUGUUGAGUAAAAUAUUGAGUCAUAUAAACUAGUUGUGGUCAUAAUAGUCUUCAAUUUCUCAAUUUGGGAGAUGCUUCCUUAGGAAUUUUUAUAUGUUACAGCCAAAGGAGCACCAGUCUUGUGUUUCAUGGCAGUGACAGGGUUCUUAUUGCACUGCACUGUUUUUGUAGAAGUUUAUUGAAGGAUGAACAUCUUUUGGAUUUUGUGAACUUAGUAGGGAGCUAAAUACUCUGAGGGAGGUGAAAUGCAAAUAUAUAUUUAAUAUAAAUUUUAUAAAGUUUUAAUUAGAUUUAGGUUCAACAGCAAACUCUCUUUGAUUUUGAAUACUCCAUUGGAAGUAGAAAGCUGUAGAGUAGUUUCAAAAUCUGCAAAAAAUCAACCAUUGAGCCCUUGAUCCCAAAGCAGAACAUGCAUAUGCAGCGGAGACCAGUGCUGUGAGCCCUGAGUGGCUGGGGAAACCCAGCCAGAUGGGCGGGGUAUUAUUAUUAUUAUUAUUAUUAUUAUUAUUAUUAUUAGUCUGAGCUGUGCUUUCUUGUUUUUCACAGCAGCACUUCUGCUGCCAGGGAAAGACACUUUCUUGCCUCUAACAUUGAGAAUGGUUGAGAUACAAAUCAACAACAAAGCUUGAAUUGCACGUGUGGGAUAGUCUCACAUGCACAUGCUCCUGUUUUGAAUCUUGGCAUUAGUUUUCCUGACUGAGAAUAUUAAAAGAAACAAACUAACCUUCACAAAAUCAGUUGCAGCUAGAUGUGUACCUUUUAUUUUAUGUAACUUAAGGCACUGAUUGCUAUAUGUUCAAAUUCAAGUUAUGUUUAAUAUAGUAUAUUUUUGAUUUCUCAUAAAAUAUCAGUGGUUAGCUGCUGUUUCCAGUGACAGAGAAAUCUCCAUGAAAUCUGACUUGGCCAGAAAUAACUUGGUGUUUAUUUUAUCUCUGAAUUCACAAGUAUAUUUUCUCCUCAUAGAGGCCGAGCCGCCAGUUGAAACUGCUCCAGAAACAUUUGACAUGUCUACCUACAAGAAUCUGCAGCACCAUGAUUAUACAUCAUACACCUUUGUGGAUUAUGACGUUCAGCUUGCAAAAUUCAGGCUGCCUCAGCCAUCCUCUGGGAGAGUAUCUCCACGACAUUGAAUCAAAUGCGGAAAUGCACAAACAAAUUAAUUCUGACAAUGAAGGAAUAUCCAUGCUACAAUUAAAGUGCUGCAAAUGAGUUUGCUGGCUGUCAGUUUUUUAAACACAUGGAACCCUUUGAGAAGUUACAAAAUCAGGUUCUAGUUCUAACAAUAAUCUCCCACUGUGCAUUCUCAGUGGCAGACUUGCAUUGCUUAAAUUAUCGGGAAAAUCCCUGCUAAUGAAAUCCAUUCAGAUCACCUUUCAAUUGAGACUAAACUCAAAUCAGUCAUACCUCGGGUUAAAGUCGCUUCAGGUUGAGCAUUUUCAGGUUACGCUCCGCGGCGACCCGGAAGUAACAGAACGUCUUACUUCCGGGUUUCGCCACUCGCGCAUGUGCAGAUGCUCAAAAUGACGUCACGCGCAUGUGCAGAAGCAGCAAAUCGCAACCCGUGCACGCACAGACGCAGGUUGCGUUCUGCUCAGGAUGAGAACGGGGCUCCGGAACAGAUCCCGUUCGCAUCCAGAGGUACCACUGUAGAUAAGGCAAAUAAUACUGCAUUUUCAAUACAGGCAACUCCCGGUUUAUGCAGGGAGUUGUGUUCUGAGGAAUUGUGCAUUUAUGUGAAAUGCAUAUAUUUGAAACACUAUCUAAAAAGCCUGCAAACACCCUCUAAACUUCUGGAAACCCUUGAAAAACCUCUUUUAAAACUCCACUUUCAUUUUUUCUUAAAAAAAAUUAAUAUAAUGAAACUUCUUUUGCUUGUGUUUAGAAAUAUGUAGACGAAGAUGAAGAAGAAUAUGAAGCUAGCUAGUUGACUCUGCUAGCCACAUAUAGCUUUAGGUAGCUAUAACUCUGGCCUAGUGGGACUAAUUUGAAGUGUUUCAUUACUAGUUGAAAGCAAACAAGAUGCCAUAUGUGAGCUGACUCCAGGCUUAGGCUGCAAUCCUAACUAGGCAUACUCUGAUACACAUCCCAUAGAAUUCAGUGGGGUUAGGACUGCAGCUUUAUUCAAGCUUAGAGUAGACCUGUUGAAAUUUGUGGGACAAGUUGAUUGUGACUAACUGAAGUCCAAUUGAUUUUAGAGGGUCAAUCAAUCAAUCAAUCAAUCUUUAUUGCAGUCAAAGACCAGCGAGCAUCGUUAACAGCAACAACAUAUACCACAUCAUAGCUGUCAACUUUUCCCUUUUUUAAAGGGAAAUUCCCUUAUUCUGAAUAGGAUUCCUUGCAAGAAAAGGGAAAAGUUGACAGCUAUGUACCACAUCUGCAUGAAAAAGCAGGUCUACAUUAAGCAUGGCUAACUCUGGAUCCAACUUGCAUGCAUGUGUCUACAACUAUGUGUCAGCAAGUGAAUAAGAUACAUUAUGUGUUAGAGAGAUGAACAUGAUUUUAGAGCUGUGUUCUUUUAGCAUUCAAAUUUUAUAUCUCUACUUUGCCUUUCUCCUGUCCCCCCCGCGCCAUGCCUGAGGUAACUUAAACAAUGGACAUGUUUGUUUAUGUCUCAUUGUUCCAUGUUGUACAAACUAUUGUUAAAACUGGAAUUAGCUUGCAUGCUCCAAUUCUGCACAUUUGGGAGAAGGAGUUCAGAAGCUUCCAGUUUUGUCUGACACUGGUUUAUUGCUUCAUUUGGACCAAUAAAAUGUGGUUAACAUUAAUAAUAGUUCUUUUCAAAUCAGCCAACUUCAGACCAUAGUUACUAAGUUGGUUUGUUUUAAAUUUCCCAUAGUUCAGAUUAACUGCAGUACUUUGUCUGAAUAAUGUGGCAAGCUAUGAUUAAUUAAAAGCAGAAAUGAAAGGAUCUGAAGUCCUCCCAGAAACACAGAAGAACAAAAAGGAAGUAGAGUCCAGACUGAAAGAUCUGUGCAGCUCUUUAAGGCAUGUUCGCAACACAUUAAAUUAUGGUUUAGUGUGAUGUGCAAGACAUGCCAAUUUUAAAUAUAAUAAAAAAAACAAAUUUUAUUGCUGUGGGUUGUAUCAGAUGACACUAAGGCUUCUGUCACUGGAACUGGGUUGAAACAAUUAAGAGACGACUUCUUCCCCUUGCAAUCUCUCCCCAAAUCUUCUCAAGAGGGUUGGGGGACUCUCCAGAGCAGAUUUAGAAGGAGUGCAAGAGGGAAUUGCCCAAAAUACUGUGUCUGAUGAAGCAACCACAAAACCUCCAACACAGCAGUGUCAUUUUGGGCAAAAAUAAGUCAUUUAUUAACAUUUCUCCCCCUUUUUUGCCUAAAAAAUCUCACUGUACCUUAAAGAGGUCAAGGACAUAUAGGGACAAGAGGAGCUUAAUAACAAGGGGGAUCUGUAACGGCCUUUGUUUCUCAUAUUAGAAGUUUUCCAAGAGCAAGGUUAAGCAAACUGAGGGCUGUAUAGCUUCUUCCUUCCAAGGCUCAGGAAUGUUCCUGGACCAUUGGUCCUUAAGUCUUAAAAAUCCUCUUGGUUUUUUGUUUUUUUAAUUUACACUCUGUAAGCACCUGUUGGAGUUCUGGACUUAUACUAAAAAUAGAUGCCAUUUUAAAUAGAAGUUUGGCUGGGUAUCUUUGUGCCUUUUAAAACUAUCUAUAAAACAGGCACCCUUUUUGUUCCUCUCUCUGAAAUUUGGCAGGUAUUUUCCCUUGGAGGGCAGUAGAAUGAAUACCUUUAAAAGUUGUGUAGAUUGGUAUUUUCCAUCCAAACUUGCCAGCAGCAAGAAAGUGUCUGGAUCUUCCAUCAAAAUCAGUGGGAAAUAAGUAGAAUUGACCAAAUGGGGAAAACUUGACAUAAAAUGAAUGUUGUACUAAUUAAUUAAAAGUAAAACAACAGAAUGUUAUUAAAGAAGAAAAUAGAGUGGGAAACAUACACAGCCUCAUUGCCACCUUCCUCCAACUGACAUGCCUCACUAUGUUCAUGUAUGUAUGAAAUUUAAAGUAAUCUCUGGUGAUUUUUAAUCCUCCUGGGCCAUACUUGCUUUCAGCCAUCUUCAUCUCUUGUACGUAAGAGCAGUUUACCAACAUGAAUUAAUAUUCAUUUAUAUUAAACGUUUGUGUGUUUCAGC